AUGAAAUACGCUAUAAUAUUUCUUCUAAUAAACCUUUGGACCUUGUCUUCCGCAGUUAAUGUCAACCCAGCAAACUUGGAGCUAAAUGUUGGAAAUGACACAGACUCGCUAUUGGUUAAGCGUCUGACAUCCAAAAAUACUGGUCACAAUUACUGGGGAGGCACUCCACAAAAGACAAAUUUGCACAGAGCAUCCCCGUAUUUGAUGAUCACAAAGAUUUGCCAAACUGCAGCAUCAUCUUUUAAAUUUGCAGGAGCAAACGCCAAGGGAACUGUUAGUUGUAAAUACACUCCGUAUGCAGGAACUCUUGCAAUUUGUUUAUUCGAAAUGUCUACUAGCGAAAAUGAAAUAAGAAAAGCUAUGCCUACGUUUUCCAAUCUUUGCGCGAACAUGACUUAUGACAAGGCUGCAAAGAUCUAUGCAAAUGCUACCAAAUAUGCCGUUAACCAGAGUGAAGUCCCAAAGAAUGGAACCAUCAAUUAUCCUGUCACCAUCAGCUCAAAGGCUUUCCAAAAGGCGUCUGUGAAGAUCGUAACCGCUGCUAAAGGUUUAGAUAGAGCUAGUAGCUAUGGUCUCGGGAUUCUUUACUAUUGGUUUGGUGUCAUGGUUAUUUCGGCAAUUGUUAAUUUAUUCACUGCUACAGGUUUAGUCAAAAAAUUCACACACCCUAUUUUUAAGAAAGCACAACGGUAUUUGUUGAUUCCAAGUUUGCUUUCUGAGAAGCAUCGUCAAACCUUUAAAUUCCUUGGUAUAUUCGAAUCAUAUCUUCCUAGCAGAGCUGAAAGUAUUAUCGUUUCCGGUUAUCUUAUCUUAUACAUUGUUUUCAUGUCUGUUCAUCUUGAUGGCACUGGUGUUGCUUUGAACAAACUCAUUUCUGAUAGAGCGGGUAUUAUUGCAUCAGCCCAUAUGCCUUUGCUUUUCCUCUUUGGUGGAAGAAAUAACAUUAUGAUGUAUCUUACUGGUUUCAAUCAUUCAACAUUCAUCCAAUUCCACAAGUGGACUGGCAGAAUCAUGUCUCUCAAUGUUUUGAUUCAUGGCGCUGGCUACGCAAGGAGAUACCUUGCAGCCGGUACCUAUGCAGCCAACAUGAAACAGGAAUAUGUUGUUUGGGGUAUUGUUGCCGCUACUAGUGCUGGUGUUAUAAUGUUUCAAUCUUAUAAUUGGUUCAGAAAAAAUACCUAUGAAUUUUUCUUGAUUACCCAUAUCGUUCUUCUGGUUAUCUUUAUGGUUGGUGCCCUCCGUCAUGUUUAUACUUUUGGAUGGACAGAAUUUUUCCUUGCCGCAAUUGCUGUUUGGGUUUUUGACAGACUUGUUAGAAUUAUCCGGUUGUUCAAUUUUGGGCUCCAAAAGGCCAAUAUCAAGGUGAUUUCCGAAGAUACCUUCAAAGUUACCGUGAAGAGACCACAUGGAUUCCGUUGGUAUGCCGAACCUGGGCAAUAUGUUUACCUUCACUUCUUCACUAUUAAAACAUUUGGGCAAUCACAUCCAUUUACUGUGACCGAUUCCAAUUUCAAAGAUGGGGAAAUUAAUAUUUACAUCAAAUGCAAAAAAGGUGCUACUAAGAGGAUUUACGAUAUGGUGAGUAAAAAGCCUGACCAAGUUGACAACACAAUUUUAGUAGGUAUUGAAGGUCCUUAUGGUCCAUCAGCUCCUAACCACCACUAUGAUAACAUUGCCCUUUUCGCCGGUGGUAAUGGUAUCCCUGGUAUUUUUGAUGGAGCUCUCAGACUUGCAAGAAAGUAUCCAGAAGGUCAAAAGAAUAUUAGAAUGAUUUGGGCUGCUAGAGAUUUGGCUUCAAUCAGUUGGUUUCUUCCAGAAUUGCAGUUGUUAAGAAAAGAAACAUCUGUUCAGGUAUCCAUUUAUCUAACCAGAGAAAAUCCUGAGAAAUUUGUCGCUAAAAAACAAUUAUCUGAGGCUAAUAAUUCUAGUACAGAUGAGGAUAACAAAUCAGAUGAGAAAACAGAUAGUGAAAAGUCAGAAACUUAUGCUAUUAACUCUACUGGCUCUCCUUUGGUUGAUCAAUUAGAUGGAUUCGAUGUUAUUUGUGGCAGACCAAAUAUUGAAGAAUUAAUUUGCGAUUGGUUUGCUCAUGACUCUGGGUCUAUUUCCAUUACUUCUUGUGGUCCAGGUAUCUUGUGUGAUUCUUUAAGAAAAAGUAUUUCUGCUAACAUUGAAAAGCAUAAAGGUAGAGUAGACUAUUAUGAAGAUUUACAGAUUUGGUGA